CUCAGAACAAGUGGCAGCAUAAGGUUGUUUCCUCCUUUAUACCUUUUCACACAUUACCGGAUCAUUCCACUGCUGAGAUAAAGAUCCGCUUAUUCAGAUAGUACAGAAGAUGCAAGAAACUCUGCUGCGGGUGUUUGUGGUGGCUCUAGGUCUUCUGUUGUGUCCCAGGGAUAAUCCUGGGGUUGAGGAAUGGGAUGUUGCCAUCGACAUGGAUUUGCAAAAGCCUGAGGAGAUGCUGCUGAAAAGGGAGGAGAAACUAGACCAACCAUCAGCACCUGUCAGUUCCAAAAUAACAGGGCCUCAAGAUGAUAUAAAUAACAAUCCUGCACAACAGAAUCAGUCUGAUCAACAUGAGAAAGAACUGCUGGAUUCAGAUGUGGCUGUUGCUGAAGGAGACACAAAAGUUGACAGGUUUGAUCACAAAUUACCAAACAGUCACAUUACUGGUAAAUCUGCUUCCAUUAUUCUGCCUGAAAAUAUUGACAGUCAGGAGGGAGAAGAUUUAAGAAGUAGCAGUCCAGAGCAAGACAGUCUGCAGGGACAUCACAAGAAGCCAGAAGAAGCAAUGAUCAUCCCGAAAGAACAAGAUUCAACUGCUUCACAUCUCUAUAGCAAGACAGAAAAUGAAACCUCGGAGAAGGCUGUUGCAGAAUGGGAGAGGGAUUAUCUCUGGUACAUCUGGAACAUAUUUUCCAUCAUUUCCAUGAUGCGCUUCUUUAGGAAAUACCUGAAGAGAAAUCUCCAAACAGAUCAGGAAGUGUCCAGGAUUUCCCCUUGCAGACCUGCUAAACUUCUGCUGCCUGACGCUGAAACUCUGCAGACUCUGUAUGCUAAAUGUGUUCAGGUCUCAACUGAGAAAAUGUUGAGGGAGAACAGGUUUUUGGAAGGAUUCACAAAUGACCUCAUAGAUGCCAUGAAGACCAUUUGUGACAAUAAUGGCAGCAUGACGAUUGAGGACUUUCAGAUGGUGAAUGAGCGCGACAUCAUUGUUCAUUUCACUCCACCCGAACCAUAUAGUCUUCACUGUCUGCUCAGGAAGAACCUGGAGAGUGAUCAUCUGCUGGACAUGCAAGUCUGUGGUCAAAUAAAACUACUGAAAGAAGAGAAAAUCCCAAAUGGCUGCCCCUGCCAGUCUGCCGAUGCAGAGGACAUGGUUUGCCUGCUACAUUCAGAGAGCGACAAAGCAAAAACAAAAGUGGCAGCCGCUUAUGAUGGACCUCUGUGCUCCAAGAACACUCCUUUUCUGUCAAAAUCAAAGAUCACCAGGUGGUUUCAGAGCACAAUCAAACAAGCCUGGGCGCAGAUCUCACAUAAAUACGAGUUUGAGCUCAGUAUCCGCUACGUUGAGGCUCCGGGUGCUCUGGUGAUUAGGUUCAGGUCAGGAAAGAAGAUUAACUUCAGUUUAAAACCGGUGGUUAAGUUCAACGCUGAAGCUCAUUUCUGCAUUACGCCCUGGUCGUCGAGCAAUGUGGACACUUUAUGGGCACUCUCCCUCACAGUCUAUGAAGACCGCCUCCUGGAACAUCUCUGCAAACGACUGCCUGUAAACUCCUGUCAUAAUCAAACUCUUGAAAUUGCCUACUUCCUUCAUAGGAGGCAGAAAACGUUUACAGGAAAGACUGCACUGAAGGACUUCCACUUCAAAACUGCAUUAAUGCACCUUCUAAUGACCAAAAAACCAUUAGAGUGGCAACUAAACUUUGCAGCCUGUAGGCUACAAGACCUGCUGGGCUUUAUACAGGAAAGUCUUAAAAGAAAGCACUUGACUCACAUUCUCAUUGGCAAACCUUUGCCUGGGGUUAUUGAACUGCCUAAAGAAAUCUCUAAAGCAAAGCCAGUGAACCUGUUUAAUCUUUUCGUGGAAGAUGACUGUACGUAUAAAAAUGCUGUCUUGCAUGUCCAGGAGAUGCUUCGAAACGCACACAUGCUGAUACACGAAUAUGUUGCUCAACCGAAGAGGGACAGCCAAUCCUUUGUUUAAAACUGUGUAUAGCUUGAGAAUUAUCUUUCAAAGUCUGCAGAUCUUAUUGUUGCAGGUGCAUCUCAAUAACUCAAAAUAUAGGUUAGUGUUCAGUGAACUUUUAUUUCUGUUAAUUCUGGUGAAUGUGAUUUACUGCUGAAGAAAACAAAUGGGUUUCUCAGAAAAUCUGAAUAUUACAACAGAUCAAGAAAAAAACAUUUUAUUACAGAAAUGUGGGCCUAUGGAAAAGUAUAGCCACGUACUCUACAGUAUAUGCACCCCGACUUGGUCAAUGCUCCUUUUGCAUGAUCGAUCGCCUCAACGCUACGUAAUAUGGAGGCAAUCAGCCUGUGGCUCUGCUGAGGAGUUAAGUCCAGGUGGCUUUAAAGGCAGCUUUCAGCUACUCCACAUUCUUGGGUCUGGUGUCUCUCAUCUUCCUCGACAAUACUCUAUAUUUCCAAUGUGGAGUUUAGGUAAGGCUGGUUUGCUGGUCAAUCCAGCUCAGUGAUACCAUGGUCAUUAAACCAUUACUGGCAGUGUCCUGCUAGAAAAUUAAAUAUCUCCAUAAGCUGGUCAAUAAAGGGAAAUUCAAGUUUAUUUAUACAAUGCAUUUAAAACAACUGCAAUGUUGAAGUGCUCCUGUAGGUGACUGACUUUAGAUUUGAUGAAACUCAGUGGAUCAACACCUGCAGAUGACAAGGCUCCUUAAAACAACGCAGGCUGCUCUUAUCCCUGUUUCUUGUACACUUUUUUUCUGACUUUUCUUCCACUCAACUUUCCUUUAAUAUGCUUGGUUACAGCACUCUAACCAGCCAGCUUCUUUAACAGUGACUUAUUGUUAUUACUAAGUGGUCUUGGGUGUCGGUGGCUGUCGGCUAGAUUACUGGGAACUCAGUCUUCCCAUGAUAACACAGAUCAUGAUAUUUCUCUAUAUGAAUAGUUGUUAUGUUAUGCAAUUAUGAGCCCAAAGGUAAAGCAUUUAUUUAAAAUAGAUCAUUACAACAUCUUAGUCUUCAUCACAGUCUUGUAAGUAUGUUGGCUUCUUACUGGGGUCCUCCCUGGUCAUAGUUUCAGGAGAUCUUAGACUGCCAGUCUUGUCAAAUUCAACUUUACCUUUAAAGUCAACCUUCCAAGAGUAACUGGAGAUGAUAUUAUUGGGUGCUUCUGGAUAAAAAAAAAGACGUAUUAUUUUCUAACAUGUGACUUGUUUCAGACAUUUAUGAGUUUUGACUUUGCAAGAUUAAAUUAUUAGUUCAAGGAGGUCAUUGGCCUUGCACCAGUAGUUAUAGGAAAUUAAGAAAGCACUUUCUAUGCCAUAGUUUUAGUGCACCAGCUUACCCUCCAGUUCUGCUGACAGGCAUGUUGACUCACAACAUUUGCACACCCAGUCCUUACCAUAGAGCUCCUUCCACCUGGUGCACAAACAGGAUUAUCAGGUCAAAAGAUAGUUAAAGCUUCAAUAAUUCUGCUCCGAAACAUGUCUGCAGCUGCUAACAAAAUCCACCGCAAGCAAGUUUAGCGUGCCUUAACUUACUUUCCAAUAGCACGAUCGUAAUUGCAAGCCUUUAGACUCGGAGUUGGAGUAGAUGGUCCUACAUUCAUCUCACAGUGCAAAUAAAAUUGCUGCAAGGCAACACAUCUCAUUGUUAAAGCACAUCUUGUGUUUCACAGCAUGCAGCUCCUACUGAUAUGUUACCUGUUCAGAAAUAGUGGGAGCUCUCUGCUGGAAAACAAAGGCACCCACACUGAAUUUCUGGACCAUCUUGGAGCCACCAAUGAGGAAUUUUGAUUGUACAGAUGUCUUGCUAUCAAUCAUACAGCUGCAACCAAACAAAAUUACACUUUUGUGAUUUGUCCCAUGCAAACUAUUUCACUUUAACUCAACUAUUUAAAUAUUUACCCUUGAUUGUUGAUGACUGUGUAUCUAGGAUGCGAGUAGGGGUCUUGGGAGGCAGUCACAAAGCACUUUGUAAUGUACAUCCUCUUCAUUUCCGCUGGCUUCAAAGUGCAUUGGAUCUCCCAAGUUAAUUUUCUGGCCGAAGAUUUUAUUUCCUGAUGCUGCAGAAAAAUUAAAUUCAGUGCAAAUCAUUUCAGACUGCUGCAGUGGGGGAUGUGCCAAAAUGUAAAUUGGAAGGGUUGUGAAUGUUGAGAAUAGGACCUAUAUCUUGGAUGAAAACAGCUUAUGUGUUUCCAUGUAAAUAAAAUGUUUCACAAACUGA